CCUAUGCCUUGUGUUAUGCAGGGUAGAUAUUUUAAGGAGGAGAGUGACACUCAGAGACUGGCUCAAAGGGUCCUCCAGCGAAACUUAAGUCAGCGUUCUUUCAGCAUCAGUAAAAUGGAUUUAGAAGACAACUAUGUUGAUGCUUUGGAUCCAGAGAAGUUAAUACAAUGUCCAUAUGAUCGCUAUCAUCAAAUCCGAGCCUGUCGGUUUCCCUAUCAUCUUAUAAAGUGCAGGAAGAACCACCCUGAUAUUGCACAGCAGCUAGCCACAUGCCCCUUUAAUGCCCGCCAUCAGGUUCCCAGAGCUGAGAUCAGACAUCAUAUAUCAAGCUGUGAUGACAAAAGCUGCAUUGAGCAAGACAUUGGUGAGAAAAACUCCUUUACAGAGCCAAAUAUCGCCUUAUUUUCUAGGAUUCUGCAAUUGGAUUGCUUAAUUGUUUUCUCCAUUAUCUUCCCAGGAUGUAUUUCAUCAGGCCCUCCCGACUUGAAGACAUUCAACUUGUCUAACCCUGGGUCCAGCGUAGUGAUGGAACCAAAGAAUAACCUAAUGCCAGGCAUGAGAGCACCCAGGUCCUUGCCAUAUAGCCUAUCCUGGAAAAGCACAGCGGCAGCCCGGGGAAUGACUCUGCUGCAGUCGAGCCGCCGCUCUGCUCCAGGGGGUGCGCGGGGACGCCAGCCGCUGCUGUCUCUGUGCGCUGAAGUUGGUCCAGCGGAGCAGGGAGGCGAGGAUGAUGCCGGGCUCUCCCCCGCGGAGGGGGCUGAGGGAGUGGCAGGACCAGGAGGCAAAGGAGAGACUUUGGGUUAUUGCCCCCCUUCCCGUGCUUAACCCCCUCCCCUCUUUCUUCUUUCUCUCUCUGUAAAUUAUCACUAAUUCAAAAUAGUAGUGUGCAAGUGGACUGGAUAAUGGUAAUAGCAUAAUCUCUUGUUGUAACAUUCUAAACCCUACUACCUGAUUUUUAUAUUAAACACUUACUAUACAUCAUACAAUAAAUCCGACAAACAAAACCUAGGAAAACUGUAUUCUUUCUGUGUCUUAUUUAAAGUUUUCCAGUAAUCUCCUCUUGCUUCAGAAUGCCUCAUGCGUCACCCACACUGUUUGCAAUAGGAUUCAGCCUGUGGCUUGGCUGCUGACUCUUCACUGCUUCCUGAAGAGCUGGGAGCUCAAUAUUAAUCUCAGAUAGAUACUGUAUCCAGAAGCACAACUCUGUAUAUGGGGAGAGAGGGGGCAAUUAUUGACCUUGUGCAUAUGUAAUGGUGUUUGGUGUUUGUAAGACAAGGUAUAAUAAUCACACUUCCAAAUUGCAAUGAACUGUGGAGAAGUUCCUGUUUGGUGUGAGAUGUUACUUAUACCUAGAUGCACUCCCCUUCCCCACCCCCAGCUCUAUGCAUGCUGGCUUGGGAAUAUCACUGCUGUAGUGUCAACUUUUAGAGAGCUUCACAUGCACCUCUUCUAGUAUUACGGUAAGUUAAAACAAGCUAUAGUACAUUGGGACACUAAUACUCUAUUACAGUGUUUGCAUUAGCAUAUUAAAAGCAAUAACACUUAACAGACCAGUGUAUCCAGGACAUAACUAGCACAUUUCCCCCAUGGAUACCUAGUAGUUGCACUGUUAUCUCCCAUAGCUACUUACAUUGCAGUUUUUUUUGUUAAAACUAAAUUGGGAAGAAAGACGAUUGACUCAGAACUUGUUUAAUGAUUACUUUAUUGCUAUAGGCUUGGAGGGAGGAAGGUUUCUAUGAUGUAGGCAAGAUCAGGUGUUUUAUCCAAAACCAGAAUAUGAAUGGUGCUGUUCUUGGUGGCUGGCUGACCUUGAAUUAUUGUCAAAAGUUAGAGGGUGUACACAUCUCCUUCCUCACAGUUUGGUUGAGGAUUCUAUUGAUAAGAGGAUUGGCCUCAAAUACCUGGUUGUAGGACUCUUCCAUGGUAUAGUUUUCAUCUUGGGUGGCCCGGUCCUAAUUAUAUUAAAGCAUGUACUUUAGUCUUUGUAAUUAUCUGUUAUAACUCUGUAGCUUUUUAUGAAGGCAUGAGUAAAAUAAAAGUAGCUGCAAUAGUUCCACGGUUAACUCAAACUGAAAAUUUACAUAAUUUAAAUCAGACUCCUAAUCUUAAUUUUUGCUUAAUAAAUAAGUCUAUAAGAAAACUCUGUUGGGAAACUGCUACAGUUUACUUGAGUGCACUUCUCCUAUAUAGGUCAAUAAGGAUCCUGUCUGGCUGAAUACUGGCUGCUCUUUCUUUCUUUGAUCUGCAGAGCGACUGAUGCUUUUCAGAUAUGGGUUGUGGGUACAGGAGGGUUUCAUUGCAUCUUAUCUCUUGGCCCCAGCUACUGAUCUCCCUUCUUGUUGCAUUGAUAGUGGGUGUGUCUCACCUUUUUUUUUUUUAAAUCAUAUAUGCUAGGGACAGUCAUGUCCUCUUCUCCUCUCCUGAUGUCAGUGUAGCUGCAGGCAGUGCAAAAUGUACUCAAGUCAUAUAGUAUCUCAAAUGCAAAGCUGCAUUUCACUGAUCUGAGGUUUGAAGAACAAUGUGAAACUAGCUAUUUUAUGGGAUGUCUAGAUUUCAUUCCUGUAGUAACAGAACUGGUUGAUAAGAAAGCAGGAAGAAAGUUUUUUUUGUUGGGGGGGGUGUGUGUGUGCGUGCACAUACACAGUUUAAAUUGGUUAAAAACCCUAACUUUCAGUACUCAGUGUUUCAAAAAUGUUAGACUGCCAACCUGUGUCGUAGAGAUGUCUUUUGUUUAAAAAAAAACCAAACCCAUGAAUAAAGCUACUUUAGGGGAAAUUACUGCUUUGUCCAACCCCGAAGAGCUAUGAGAUCUUUGCUCACCAAUUCUCAUUCUUGUAUUUGUCAUGCCUUUUUGGUGACUUUAGUAUUACAAUCUAUUAUAAAUAAAGUGCAUUUCAUUGAUUUUUAAAAUGAAAUUAGUAACUGGAAAAAAAUCACAGGUUUAAAAAAAUACCGGCCAAUUAUAAACUACUGUAUUGUCAUUUACUUUCUAGAAUCUAAAGUAUAUCUAAGUAUAAUCUGUGCAAACACUUCAGUUGCCUGUAUCAUUCUUGUGUUUUUAUUUUAAGUACAAAAUAAAUAUGUAUGACGAAUUUAAAAGUAUGUAAUUAGUAAUUUGAUAUGUCGGGUGGUGCCUUUUUUUAAUGUAUUCGCUCCCCCUGA